CACCAGCGAGAUAGGAGCCCACACCCGCGAGGACAAGAGCAGCAGGCCUACUCUUCAGGCUGACUCUGGGCCUACGUGCACAUUGCUGGGACACACGGAACUGUUAACUAACUUUAUCAGCUUUGGUAGUCGUGUCCAAUUUGGAUUUUGACACUCUUUUUUGCCUUGAUUUCUUUUAAUUUUUUCUGUCUCAAAAGAUGAAUAGCAUGGAGAACUUGGAGAAACAGCUGAUCUGCCCCAUAUGCUUGGAAAUGUUUACAAAACCUGUGGUCAUCCUACCCUGCCAGCACAACCUCUGCAGGAAAUGUGCCAAUGAUGUCUUCCAGGCUUCAAACCCAUACCUUCCGACAAGAAGUGGCUCACUGACGUCUGGCGGCCGCUUCCGAUGCCCAUCCUGCAGACACGAGGUGGUUCUGGACAGGCACGGUGUUUACGGGCUACAGAGGAACCUGCUCGUCGAAAAUAUUAUCGAUAUGUUCAAGCAGGAGUCAAACAGCAGCAGCAAGCCAGCGCCGGAGAGGAAGGAAGAAACGCCCAUGUGCGAUGUCCACGAGGGAGAAAAGAUCAACAUUUACUGUGUGACCCACGGCGUGCCCACGUGCUCCAUGUGCAAGGUCUUCGGAGCUCACAAAGACUGUGAGGUGGAACCUAUCAGCAGCAUUUACCAGACAAAGAAGACAGAGCUGAGUGAUGGGAUUGCCAUGAUGGUUGGUAGCAACGACAGGAUGCAAGGCAUCAUUAGUCAGCUUGAGGAAGCCUGUCGUGCCAUAGAGGAGAACGGCCGGAGGCAGAAGACGCUGGUCUGUGAGAAGUUCGAUCACUUGUACUCCGUCCUGGAGGAGAAGAAGAGGGAAAUGAGUCAAGUGGUGACGGCUGAACAGGAAGAGAAGGCGGACUACAUCCGGAGCCUGACCAGGAAGUACAAAGACCACCUGGAGGAGAGCUGUAAGACCGUGGAGAUGGGGAUCCAGACCAUGGAGGAAUCGGAGAUGGCCUUAUUCCUGCAGAACACAAAGCCUCUCCUCAAGAAGAUUGCAGACGCAUCCAGCACAGCGCACUUGGACAAAGUUGAGCGCGGCUAUGAGAAUAUGGAUCACUACAGCGUCGUCUUCAAUAAGGAGGCCAAGGCUCUGCGCAGCAUCAACUUCAUCCAAGACGACGAAGACGAGGAUGAUCAGGACGAGGACGAAGAAGCGGGCACGCAGGAAGGAGACGGGGCCCAGACUGUGUCUACGGCCGCCCCCGUCCAACCUCCUCCCCCCAGCAGAUGAACUCCUCCUCCGGCCUGGUGAAGAGCUCUGCCUCGACCUAGCCAUUAGCCGCAGGGAUAAGUGUUUCAGGCCAGUUGUGAUCCUUUUUCUUCCCAGAUUGGGGAACAAUGAGACAGAUUUAGAUCGGAGCCAGGGGGGAAAAUCUGAGUCUCUGAGGUAGAUGUAAAAGAAGAGACAGAGGUUUAUCUUCACCAGUUCAUCCCUUAUUACUAUUGUAUUAGCUUUCAUCUUUUCCCACUGACUGAUCUCAUACUUUUUUUUUCUUUCUUUUUAAAGACAUGUUUUGCUUCUUCCUUUUACUUUUUGGACAAACCCAAUGACAGACAGGCUAUGAGUGAGUAUUGGCUGUUCCAGAAUUCAAAUAUGAUCAUGCUUUCUUUUUUUUAAGCAGCUGACCUUUUCCAACUCACGGCUUAAGCUACGUCAUUAGAGAGCAUGACACAACGGCCUCAGGUAUUCCUCCCAGUUGUAUAGUUUAUGACUGAUAUAACUUCAUGAUUAGGGUAUAGCCUGAGUGAAAAAACUGUCAUCUUAUUUGUUGUGUAACACAAGUAUAUUUUCCUAUUAUGAACAAAAAAGUAGUGUAUUAUAUGAUAUGUGUCAUUAAAACUAAAUUGUACAAACAA